AUGAGUAGGGUUUUGCCGUCUAUUCUUUUGCGAUUUCAAUCAAGCCGAUGCGCUCCUGAAAUCGCGAAGAUCGGAGCUGCGGCAUCGAUCUGCUGAGGAGAAUCGCCGUGAUUCGUAGGAGUUUCCAACCCUAGGCGCUCCAGGAUGAGUCGCGGCCGCGGAAGAGUGCUUCCGGCCCUCGCAAUUGCGGUCUUGAUCUUCACGACGUCGUGCUGGGGGAAAUUUCUAGUGGAGAAGAAUAGCAUCAGCAUUACCACGCCUGACAGCAUCAAAGGUACAUACGAUAGUGCCAUAGGGAAUUUUGGCGUGCCGCAGUAUGGGGGUAGUAUGGUCGGAAAUGUAGUCUAUCCAGAGAAGGGCGCCACGGCAUGCCGGAAUUUCUCGGAGUUUGGCAUCACUUUCAAAGGCCUCAAGAGUGGAGGCCUUCCCACAGUUUUGCUCGUGGAUAGAGGAGAUUGCUACUUUGCAUUGAAGGUAUGGCACGCUCAGCUCGCGGGAGCUGCUGCGGUUCUUGUAGCGGACGACAAAACUGAGCCACUGAUCACUAUGGAUUCUCCGGAGGAAGAUAACGUUUCCGCGGAGUACGUCCAAAACAUAACUAUACCGUCUGCAUUGGUGGAGAAAUCGUUCGGGGACAAGCUCAAGGCAGCUCUCCAAGCGAAGGACAUGGUGAACAUCAAUCUCGACUGGCGAGAGUCAUUGCCUCAUCCAGACGACCGCGUGGAGUACGAGUUUUGGACGAACAGCAAUGACGAGUGUGGACCGAAGUGUGAGGCGCAGCGGGAGUUUGUCAAGAACUUUAAAGGCGCCGCACAGAUUCUCGAGCAGAAGGGAUACACGCAGUUUACUCCUCACUACAUCACAUGGUACUGCCCCGACGCGUUUAUACUCAGCAAGCAGUGCAAGUCUCAGUGCAUCAACCAUGGCCGCUACUGUGCUCCUGAUCCGGAACAAGACUUCAAUCAUGGGUACGAUGGAAAGGAUGUGGUGGUCGAGAAUUUGAGGCAGCUUUGCGUCCACAAGGUCGCCACUGAGAUGAAGCGUUCGUGGGUGUGGUGGGACUACGUGACCGACUUUCAGAUCAGGUGUCCGAUGAAGGAUAAGAAGUAUAACAAGGAUUGUGCCGAGGAAGUCUUGAAGUCGUUGCGCUUGCCGAUUGAUAAAGUGCAGAAAUGCAUGGGAAACCCUGAGGCUGAUUCAGAGAAUACAGUGUUGAAGGAAGAACAAGAUGCGCAGGUGGGACAUGGUAGCCGCAGUGAUGUUACAAUGCUUCCUACAUUGAUCAUCAAUAAUAGGCAGUAUAGAGGGAAGCUAGACAAAGGAGCGGUGCUGAAAGCAGUGUGUGCUGGCUUUCAAGAGACUACUGAGCCGGCUGUCUGCCUAAGUGAAGGAAUGGAAACGAAUGAGUGUUUGACGAACAAUGGGGGGUGUUGGGAAAAUAAAAAAACCAAUGUCACUGCAUGCAAGGAUACCUUCCGGGGCCGAGUUUGUGAGUGCCCCGUGGUGCAAGGUGUGCAGUUUGACGGAGAUGGUUAUAGCCACUGCGAAGCUGUUGGCUCUUUACGGUGCAAGAUCGACAAUGGCGGUUGCUGGCACGACACGCGAGAUGGUGUGCGUCACUCGGCCUGUCAGGAAACGCAUACAAAAGGUUGCGAGUGCCCCGCCGGUUUCAGGGGCGACGGAGUGAACCAGUGCGAGGAUGUCGAUGAAUGCAAGAGCAAGCUCGCCUGUCAGUGUAAGGAAUGCCACUGCAAGAACACAUGGGGGAGUUAUGACUGCCAGUGCGACGGAAAUCUCCUCUACAUCAAAGAGCACGACACUUGCAUCAGUAAAAUAAGUGUUACGAGAGUAGGAUGGUCAGCAACAUUCUUUAUUCUGGCGGGCUUGGCCGUUGUUGGAGCUGUUGGCUACGUUAUUUACAAGUAUAGAAUCCGGUCUUAUAUGGAUUCGGAGAUUAGAGCGAUCAUGGCGCAGUACAUGCCUCUGGACAGCCAGAACGAAGUCCACCGCCAUCUCGAGGAGGAAGCGUAGUGAUUGAUUGGGUGUAAGUCGAUCGAUCGUUCGUUCGUUUGUUGAUGCGAUUUCUCCGUGUGUAACUUUAGAGGCUGUCCCUUUGUUUUUUCCCAGAACACUUGCGCUGCAUUGCAAACCUGGAGAGAUCAGGCCCCGUCUCUUCGCUCGCUUUCUCCGUUUUGUAUUUCCACUUCGCUCUUGUAGGUAGGCAUUGUACAUAGUACCAGAAUGAAAAAAAAAAAGAGAAAACUUUAGGAGUACGCAGAGCUGGAUGGACAAUCGACUGGAAAGAUAAAAUAUAAAAACAUUGUAAAGACCU